AUGGAAAAGGCCAUGAAAUGUUCGUGGUGGGAAAAAUUGUGUGUGUCGCCCGGGAGAAAACCGCGUGGAAGUGUGCCUCGGGGAUCUAAACCAAAGCCACUACACGGCGAAAAGCCAGGCCAGACCACGUGCAGCCACUGCGGUCCAUUCGAGGACGGAGAAGGCAUCAAGCCUAAAAAAGCCCCAGCCGGGAAUCCUGAUCCGGGAGAAGCCAAGAAAGAACGGCAAAAGGGUCGCACAGGCAGGCGGCCCUUUUUUCCACAUCUGCUUUUUGCUCCAUCUACGGUUCCCUAUCUACCAUCACUAUUGGGACCUCAGUGGCAGACUCCCAGGGUUGACCAGCGACAUCGGUGCAGCAGGAGAAGAGCAACCGAGAAGGAGAAUUUGCACCAGCAGUGUUGUUCCUCCUCGGUGCUCCAGGGCGGUCGAAUUUUGAAGAAGAGCACCACCAGUGGUUCCCAAUCGGUGCUCCCGGUGUCAAGCAAACAGGAGGUGAGCAGGAGAAGCUCCACCCGCGCUAGCAGAUUGUCGUUCCGUGCGAAGAGCGGCAGGAAAAGGGGGAAGAAGCAGCCCCCUGGUAGACCCCAGGAGGCGCCACAAGUGUAG